CCCACGGCCCCGCCAGCACGGGUGGAGUCCGCAGCGGGGCAGACCGCCCGCAGGAUUGGGGUUAAAGUGCAGUGGUUACCUGCUGCACACCUGCAGCCUCCUCGUCGCCGCCCUGCCUUCCCUCUCCCCGCCUCCUCCCGCGGUGGCCGAAGGCCGCUGCUGGCCCCGCGGCGCCCUGGCUCUCUUCCCGGGACUCCGCCCGCUUCCCCCCCCCGGCGGGUAUUUGAGGCCUGGUGGCCGGGACAUCUUCCUUCUGCUCUGCUCGCCGUGGGCCGUGGCGCCGAGAGUCUGGGGCUCGCCAUCAUGGAUCCUCUGUUGGAAGCAAGCGGCACCUUUGCCUUAAACCUUCUGAAAACGCUGGGUGAAGACAGUUCAAAAAAUGUGUUUUACUCACCCAUCAGCAUCUCCUCGGCCCUGGCCAUGGUCCUCUUGGGGGCAAACGGAACCACCGCAGUCCAGAUGGCUCAGGUACUUUCUUUAAAUAAAAGCAGCAACAGUGGAGGUGGAGAUGUCCACCAGAGCUUCCAGUCCCUUCUCACUGAAGUGAACAAGACGGACACACAGUACUUGCUUAGAACAGCCAACAGGCUCUUUGGAGAAAAGUCUUAUGAUUUCCUCUCAUCUUUUAAAGAUUCCUGCCAGAAAUUCUACCAAGCAGAGAUGGAAGAGCUUGACUUUCUGAAUGCUACAGAGGAGUCCAGAAAACACAUAAACACCUGGGUAGCUAAAAAGACAGAAGAUAAAAUUACAGAGUUGCUGUCUCCAGGUUCAUUGAAUACAAACACUAAACUGGUUCUCGUGAAUGCCAUCUACUUCAAAGGAAACUGGGAUAAACAGUUUGACAAAGAGCUCACCCAGGAGAGACCAUUUAAAGUCAGCAAGAAUGAGGAGAAGCCUGUGCAAAUGAUGUUUAAGAAGUCUACUUUUAAAAUGACCUAUAUAGGGGAAAUAUUCACCAAGAUUCUAGUCCUUCCCUACGUCAGCGAGGAGCUGAAUAUGAUCAUCAUGCUGCCCGAUGAGCACAUUGACUUGAAAACGGUGGAGAAGGAACUUACUUAUGAGAAAUACAUAGAGUGGACCAACCCAGACCUGAUGGAUGAAGAGGAGGUGGAGGUUUUCCUCCCUCGGUUUAAGCUACAGGAAAAUUAUGAUUUGGAGGAAGUCCUUCGCAGCCUGGGCAUGAUCGAUGCCUUCGAUGAGGCCAGGGCAGACUUUUCUGGAAUGUCAUCCAGGAAAGACCUGUAUCUGUCCAAGGUCGUGCACAAGUCCUUUGUGGAGGUCAAUGAGGAGGGUACUGAAGCUGCAGCCGCCACUGCCGCUAUCAUGAUGAUGAGGUGCAUGAGGUUCACUGCGCGCUUCUGCGCAGACCACCCCUUCCUCUUCUUCAUCCAGCACAGCAGGACCAGAGGGAUUCUGUUCUGCGGACGAGUUUCUUCUCCGUGAGGAAACAGUCAUCCCUGGGUGCAGUCCUCUGCUUUCACCUUCUGACCCACUUUUCUUCUGACACUCCACCAUGUGCCUGUGACCCAAGUGACCUUAUUAGUGCAGUGUAACAAUUCAGAAAUAAAGGGCCCAUUUUGGAUACCCAUGUCGA